AUGGAGAUCCCGUCACUCUGCCUAAUCCUCUCCACACUGAACAUCCAUCCCAACAGGUCUCAGUUCUUUUGGUAUGACACCAUCACACUGACCUGUGAAGUGACGGGAACCUCUAGUGGCUGGAUAUUCAGGAGGAACACAUCCUUUUGGACUUCUGAUCUGUGCAGCUCUGGCUGGGGAAGACCAAAUGAGACCUUCUGUGUCAUUGACGAUGCCUAUCCAUCAGACACUGGAGUGUACUGGUGCGAGUCUGAGCGGGGGGAGUGCAGCAACACCAUCAACAUCACUGUGACUGACGGUGUUGUGAUCCUGCAGAGCCCUGCACUUCCUGUGACAGAAGGCGAUAAAGUAACACUUCUCUGUUCCUAUAAAGAAAAAGAGAACAUCAGCGCCACUUCUGAUUUCUCUGCAAAGUUCUACAAAGACGGUGUUUUCAUCGGGGCUCAACCUGCAGGAAGCAUGACCAUCUCUGCGGUGUCCGUGUCUGACGAAGGUUUCUACAAGUGUGAACACCCCACGAAAGGAGAGUCACGACAGAGCUGGCUGGCUGUUAAAGUCAGACCUGAGCUCCCUCCUCUCUUCUCUCUGCCGCAGCUGCUGUGUAUCAUCCUGCUCUUCGUCCUGUGCGCUGUCGUGUUUAUACUGUGUGUGGCGGUAUACAGAAAAUGGGCCAAAAGUAGGAGCCUGCAGCUUGUGGAGCAUCAACACAGCAACAAAACCAAGGGCCGCAUCACACGAGGACACCACGGCAUAUCAGACAGUAAAGCCCCUGCCUGUAAAGGAGGACACAGCAGUGAGGCAUUUGGGGUAGAUGUGGUAGAAAGUGGGCCAGAUGUGGAACUGGGAGGGGCAGAUGUGUCAGUAAGAGGGGCAGAUGUGUCAGUAAAAGGGGAAGAUGUGGAACUGGGAGGGGCAGAUGUGUCAGUAAAAGGGGCAGAUGUGGAACUGGGAGGGGCAGAUGUGGCACUAAGAGGGGCAGAUGUGGUAGAAAGUGGGCCAGAUGUGCUGUCAGGCUGUCUGGCUGUACACCUGAAUGAGAGUGUGAAUGGUUGUCUACAUGGGUGUCGAGGUCCAGAGUCUCAGGAUGAACAGUUUGCAGGAGAGUCCAGUGUGACAAAGAUGUCUCAGAGAAGGACGAAUCCAGACUUCAUGUGUACAGACUCAGGACUGAAGACUCGGGCCGGUACCUGUGUGAAGUGCUCACAAAGUAUGGUGUCAGCACUGGAAAAAGUCGGCUCAAUGUCACUGGCAGAAGAUGAUCUGCAGCGGGGUUACAGGCAAUGA